AUGCCCUCCACCACCACGGACAAGGACAAGACCCAGUCGGGCACCAUAGAGGGCGAACGAUGCAAGUCAAUCGAGAAUCUCGACAACAAGAUCAAGAAUCUGCAUAACGUAAGCGACGAUGUCGAAUAUGGCCUUCUCAAACUUCAGUGGGAGCUUUACAGUAUCAACCAGAAACGAACCAAGAAACUGAAAGCUCGGGUAAAGAAAAUGGUUGAAGAGGGAAACGUCGGGCCCCUGGCAAAUGGUCAUGAUUGUCAUCCCACAAACUCUCAAUCAAACCCGAACCAAGGCCAUGGUCAAGGCCAGGGAGCUUCCACCUGGCCGGCCGUACCUGAGGACUUUAAUGAUGAGGAGUGGUACGCAUCUAAUCAAUGCAAUCUGUCUAGAAACACCAAGCUGAUAUCUCAUGUCACAGAACACUCUGUCCAGUUUAUGUAA